AUGUCUUGCCUGGACGGCGACAUAUGCGUGGUGACGGGAGCGUGCGGCUUCCUGGGAAAGACGCUGAUCAGGAUGCUCGUGGAGCAGGAGAAAAACAUCCGCGAGAUACGACUCCUCGACAUCAACGUCAAACAGGAGCUGCUGCAAAGUCUGGAAGAAUGCCGAGGCGACAUCAAGCUGAUCGCAUUUGAGGGCGACAUCAGAGACAGCGAAUUUGUGAGGAGAGCCUGUCGAGAAGCCACGCUGGUUUUCCACAUCGCGUCCAUCAUCGACGUCAUCGACGCCGUGGCGCCCAGUGAGAUGUAUGGCGUCAACGUCAAAGGAACACAGAAUCUCUUGGACGCAUGCAUCCAGGAGAAUGUGGCCUCUUUCAUCUACACUAGCACAGUGGAGGUGAUGGGUCCCAACCCCGAGGGUGAGCCAGUGGUGAACGGCCACGAGGACAUGGCCUACCGGAUCUCCCUCAAGUUCUCCUACAGCAAGACCAAGAAGGAGGCAGAGGACCGGACCCUGGGGUGCAACGGCGAGCCCCUCCAAAACGGUGGGCGCCUGGCCACCUGCGCCCUGCGGCCCAUGUACAUCUAUGGCGAGGACUGCCGCUUCCUGCUCGGCCACAUGGCGGACGGCGUGCGCAACGGCGACGUCCUCUACCGGAUGUCUGCGCGGGAGGCCAAGGUUAACCCGGUCUACGUGGGCAACGUGGCGUCGGCCCACCUCCAGGCUGCCCGCAGCCUCAAGGACCCCGCACGUAGAGCGGACGUGGGCGGAAAGUUCUACUUUGUGUCUGACGACACACCGCACAUCAGCUACUCGGACUUCAACUACGCCGUCAUGUCACCGCUGGGCUUUAGCAUCCAGGACAGGAUGGCCAUACCCCUGCGCCUGUUCUACGUGGUCUGCUUCCUGUGGGAGAUGGCGUGCCUGAUGCUGCGGCCCUUCCGCAGGGUAGUGCCGCCCAUCAACCGGCAGCUGCUGACCAUGCUCAACACGCCCUUCAGCUUCUCGUAUGACAAGGCCAAGUGCGAGCUGGGCUACGUGCCCAAGUACACCUGGCAGCAGGCAAGAAGCAACACCACCCAGUGGCUCGCACAGCAGCUGCCCAAACAAAGGGAGAAAAUAUGGAAAAAGUAAAACACUGUUGUGUAUUUAAUCACUGUUGUGUAUUUAAACAUUAAAGAAAGAGACGCGAAA